CACGUUCACAGUAUAAUAUACAUGUUUGUUGUACAAAUACGCUGAUGUGGCUGUCUAGGACAAAAUACGAAAGUACACCAUAAAACGUGAAUUUGAGUGCGGCGCCAGAAGACAUUUACAGUGCUGUUUCAUGUAGUCCACUAUGGCACCAGGGGACGUGGUGCCUGACCAUGCCAAGCAGUCCAAGUCCAAGGAGAAGCGACCAGGAACCAGGACCCUGAAAGCAGACUGUGAGCCUGAUGGAUCGUUUAUCUUUGAGGCAAAUGAAGCCUGGCGGGAAUUCCAUAAUUCUCUCAGACACUUCUAUGAAGUUGGAGAGCUUUGUGACGUCACACUGAAGGUGGGAAGCAGACUGAUACCAUGUCACAAACUUGUUCUGGCCUGUGUCAUACCGUACUUCAGGGCCAUGUUCCUGUCAGAUAUGUCGGAGGCAAAACAGGAGCUAAUAGAGAUUAAAGACUUUGACGGUGAUGCCAUCCAGGACCUGGUUCACUUUGCAUACUCAUCCAGACUCACGCUGACUGUGGACAAUGUUCAGCCACUGCUUUAUGCUGCCUGCAUCCUCCAGGUGGAGUUGGUAGCCAGGGCAUGCUGCGAGUACAUGAAGGCUCACUUUCACCCCACCAACUGUCUGGCUGUGCGAACCUUUGCUGAGAGCCACAACCGUGUGGACCUGAUGGACAUGGCUGACCGCUACGCUUGCGAGCACUUUACCGAGGUGGUGGAGUGUGAAGACUUCACCUGUGUAUCCCCACAACACCUGCGCACAUUAAUAAGCUCCAACGACCUCAACAUACACUCUGAAACACAAGUGUACAACGCAGCGGUGAAAUGGCUUAAGGCCAAUCCUCAGCACCAUGAAUCCUGGCUGGACCAGAUCAUGUCUCAGGUACGUCUCCCUCUGCUCCCGGUUGACUUCCUGACCGGAACAGUGGCUAAGGAGGAAAUGAUCAAAGGCAGCUUGAGCUGCCGCGAUUUGAUGGACGAAGCCAGAAACUACCAUCUGCACAACAGCAACAAGGUGGUGCCCGACUUUGAGUACUCUGCUCGCACAGUGCCGAGGAAACACACAGCAGGCGUUUUGUUCUGCGUGGGCGGCCGGGGCGGUUCUGGUGACCCGUUUCGCAGCAUCGAAUGCUUCUCCAUUACUAAGAACAGCUGGUUUUUUGGCCCUGAAAUGAACAGCAGACGGCGGCACGUCGGUGUCAUAUCUGUGGGAGGGAAGGUUUAUGCAGUGGGUGGACACGAUGGCAAUGAACACUUGGGCGACAUGGAGGUGUUCGAUCCUCUCACCAACAAGUGGAUGAUGAAGGCCUCCAUGAACACCAAGAGGAGGGGAAUAGCCCUGGCAGCUCUGGGGGGUCCUAUUUAUGCCAUUGGUGGUCUGGAUGACAACUCCUGCUUCAACGACGUGGAGCGAUACGACAUUGAAAGCGACUGCUGGAAAACCGUCGCCCCCAUGAACACACCCAGAGGGGGAGUUGGCUCGGUGGCACUGGGAAGUCACGUGUACGCAGUGGGCGGCAACGAUGGAGUGGCUUCUCUGUCGAGUGUGGAGAGGUACAAUCCCCACCUCAACAAAUGGACGGAGGUCAGUGAGAUGGGGCAACGGCGGGCUGGCAACGGAGUCAGCAAACUGAACGGAUGCCUGUAUGUUGUUGGUGGGUUUGACGACAACUCGCCUCUGAGUUCGGUGGAGCGCUUUGACCCGCGGAUGCACCGCUGGGAGUACGUGUCCGAGCUGACCACUCCUCGCGGUGGGGUCGGGGUGGCGUCUGUGAUGGGGAGGGUGUUUGCCGUGGGCGGACACAAUGGAAACAUCUAUCUGAACACAGUGGAGGCGUUUGAGCCUCGCAUGAACAGGUGGGAGCUUGUGGGCUCCGUGUCUCACUGCCGCGCCGGAGCCGGAGUGGCUGUCUGCUCCUCUCACAUCAGCGAGAUCAGGGAUGUUGGCCAGGGGUCCAGCAACGUGGUCAACUGCAUGUGAUCUGCCGUCGAGCCUCAUGCCCUGAAACCCACUCGUGUAUCACCUAUGUCUCUGUUCACCACACAGAUUCACAACGCUAAGCACAAAGAUGGCUCAGAAGAGUUUCUCUGUCCCCUCAAAUAUACACGUUGCUGUGCUUCCUUUGCUGCUCUGUACUGUAUUUUGAUUUGUUGACUGACCUGGCAAAUUUUGCUGCCUGUUGUGUACAUAUUUUGUUGUCAUUUUUUUACUGCGCCGUGUUUUGGUGCAAUAGGUUUGCUGUGUUCACAGUUUACUCAUGCGGUCAGAGGUCAUUCAAGGACACACCCACUACUGCACGUUUUUUCCGUCCACUGACUUCACACAACACAGUUGGGUUUCGUUUUUUGACGAUCACUUGUCUAUCUAUUUCUGCUCCAACAUUGACGUCAACUUUGGAUGUAAGAAACAUCAAUCCAUCUGAGGGCAGCCUUGACACGCCAAGUCUGAAGAUGGCAUGAGCAUAGCAACACUCAGACUUGACUCCAUUUGUGGAGCGUUUGGUCUCGUGCAGCUCUCCGUUACCCCAGUCGAUCAUUAUGAUGAGGAAAAAACGGAAACCCUGAGAAGAACCAGACUAGCACAAAACUAGUGGCUGAAAAAAGUGUAUGUAUAUAUAUAUAUAUAUAUAUACUUUGUAUUGACAAAUGAUACUACAAACAUUUUUCAUGAGUUGAAUAUUUGCGUUUGUAUUAAAUACGCAGCUGAAAGGUGAUUGGUUGGCCUCCUGUAACUAGAUGUCAAGCACUGACCUAGAAAAGUUGGUGUCUACAUCUUGUUAACUUUGGUUAAUAAGUUGGGAUUCAGCUUGUUUCAUCAAGUCACCUCUUGUUUAACGUGCAUUGAGAGCAAACAUGCUGAAAUUGUGUUCUAUCAAGUUAAGGACUUCAGUCACAGGAGAGGCCAAAUUUUGUGAAAAAGUGAGUUGACUCGUGCUGUAUAUGAUUUAAGCGUACGUCUAUCUUUGUGAGUCGCGAGUGGGUCGUCGCAUAUCGAGGUCAAGGUUUGACACGUUUUCCUAUGUAAUGCAACUUUCUUAAAUGCCGACCAAGUGUUGAACCUAUUGUUUUGUCAGUCAAGUGAAUGUAGUGGAACGCUCCCCAACAGCUGAUUGUACCGUCAAAUAUUCACAAGUUAUUGUUCGAACAAUCAAUUGAGAUGCUGCAAGUGCCAAAUAUAUAAGUUAGAAUUUAUUGAUCAGAGCAAUAAUAGAGCUUCAUUCGCUUUUGAAUUGAAAACAUUAAUGAAUGAAAUAUUGAGUGUGAAAUGCUUAGAUUCUGUUUGCAGCUUAUGUUUUGAAAUAUGUCCGUUUUGUACUCUACAGUAGCGGCUCUGUUUAAUAACUCAUCACCGUUGACUAUUUUUCUUAGAGUAGAUGUGAAGUCUGAGCAUAUUUUUGUCCCAUGUCACAAGUACUGGGGUUUGAUGUACUUAUUUAUGCUGAUCCCUGCAUUACAAAAAAUCCCCCAAAAAUUGACUGUUUUGAUAUAUUUUCUCUCAUGUGGGCUCGUGAUAAAAAAAGAAAUCUUUAUACUUUAAAUGUUAUUUUUCGAUGAAAUCAGAACUUGUAUUUGUCCAACUGAAUCACGCUUUUUUUGUGAAAUUGCUGUAUUUGUAUUAGCCUUCCUUUUUGUGCUUCCAUUGUUGCGCUGGAUUUACUAGCUGU